AUGCAGAGAAGCGCCUCAUGGGCGGUGGCCGCCUGCAUGCUGCUGGCGGGCUUCGGGGCGGGACAUGCGGGUAGGAGAGGAUGGGGGAGAGCUGUGAGAGAGGGAAUGACAUGGUUGGCUCGCAGCCCAGUGUGGGACUGUGUCAAUGACCGGCUCCACUUUGCGGAUGUGCUGGGAGAGAAGGUCCUGUCUUACAGCCCUGCGACUAGCAAGUGUCAGCAAAUCAAGCAGGGAGAAGACGUUUUCAUCCAGUCACCAGACGGGUUGAACUUUGUGGAAGCAAGAAACGAUCCAGAGGGAAGGUUGUGGCUGGCCAAUGCAUACGAGCCCGACAAGGAGCCCAUGUUUCCUUGCAACCCGAUCGCAAAGUUGUUCUGCAUUCGACCUCCAGCCGGAUGGGCAGCCGAGGAUAACCUGGACGGUCUGGUCCACCAGUACGGGCCCAACAUGGUCAUGAAAGAGAAGUUGGUGGGCUUCCAAGGAUGCCGUGGGAUCGAUUUCUGGGAGAGCCCGGCGGAGACAGAUAGCGCGACUCGCCAUCUGUUGGUUCUCAACGGCACUGCUCGGGUGCUCCAGUCCUACCUGGUUCUGAAGGAGAAUGGUACUGUCAUUGAAGACUCCCAGAAAAUCAUGCUCCAGUUUGGAAGCGAGGGGGAUCAACUGAUGCAGCCUGCUUGUUUCUGCAUCGACAGCGAAGGCAAGGUUUGGGUUGCGUUCGAAGGGAGCGAAAAGCUCGUUCGGUAUGACGUGGAAACCGGAGCAGCUUUGCAGCACGUAGAACUGCCGACCAAGAGGGUGACGGGGAUGGCGUUCGGCGGCGAGACAUUGGAGGAUCUUUAUGUCACCGUCAGCCACAAGUCAGUCAUGUGCCUUGCAGCAUGGGCAAGCAGCAGGCCAUAG